AUGGCGCCCAUUCUUGACAACUCUGUCGCGGAGUUGUAUCGGGACUACAAAUCCUCGACGAACUUCGCCAUCCAAUGGCUCUAUUGCCAGGUCAAGGCCGAGGAUCCGUCCACCGAGAAGUUCACCUCGAUCAACCACAUCCUAGCCGCGGCCAAGGUUGUCAAGAAGGCACAAUCUGUUGUGCCCAAAUCCGUCCUCGCUUCCCUCCGUACCGCGAUUGCGAAGCGCAAGCAGGUGUACGACAUAUACGAGAAGAACGGUGCUGGUUGUUACGGCCACGCGGCGUUCGCCCAGAGACUUGAGAGUACCCUCUCCAUUCUUUCUUCCCUGACGACCGCUUCCACAACUUCUUCCUCCUCCCGUAUCGACGAGUCGGAGAAGAGCUCCACUGCCCCCAACGCCUUCGCGCCCCUGGCCGCCACUGUGGAGGAUGUUGUCGACGACGACGAGAUCGACGUCGUAGACCAUACCUGUGCCUCAGACUCGGGUGGCGAGGCCCCUUCAUCUGCCCACACGGCUCCCGAUCCCGAUGAGGGCGACUUCAUCCUCGAGGACGAUGCCAUCCGCCAGUUCCACGAAUCCAUCAACUUUCUGCUCGAACUCUCCAAGGUCUACUCGCAGCUCGAAGGCUACUGGCGCGACGCCGCUGCCGGCACACUGCCCCUCCCCGUGGCCGCAUGGCUCACGUCCCUCACCGCGCACACCGUCGCCAAGGACGCCCCGCGCAGCUUUUUUAACCUUUGCGAGAGCGUGUCGUCCACAUGCAACACGUGCCCCGACUGCCCGGGCGUGAGAGCUUUCGUCGCCAAGAUGUCACCCUCCCCAGCCGCCGCCGCCGAGAACAUCGCCCGCGGUACACGCAUCUACACCAUCGCCAAGGCCAUCAACGCCUACGGUGCCGAACUUCCCGACAUGAGUACCCCCUCUCUGAUUCAUGUGUGCCCCGACAAGUGCGCGUGCCGUGUCAGAACCGACGGCGGCGCGACGGAGCCCCAUGACCAGGACCACGGUCCUCGACUGCCGGAGACGGACGAGGCCUACCUCCAAGAGAUCCUCGGACUGAUCAGGGCCGAUGUGUUGGGCACGCGCGGCAUCACCCCGCUCGAGAGGAUCAAGAAGUACGCGGUCGAAGACGACAGGGUCUACCAAAGCGAGCCCCUUCUCUGUUUCGCGCAGGCCCUCUUCUAUAGCGAGGAGCACGUCACUCCCGGACGGCUAAUCUUUGCCAUGGACUUCUUCUUGCUGGCCGCCGAAUCCGCCUCGAUGGCCGAGGGUCCUCUGAGCUACGCGAACUGCCAGGCGAAGCCACACCGCCUCGCGCUGGACAUGCGCUCCGCCGUCGACCCAGUCAUCGACUUCCUCCAAAACAUGAACCUAUUCGCAGAUUGGGGUCAGACCAUCGGCUACCUCGAGCAGUUCCGCGACGCAUUGAGCACCUUCGCCGGCGAGUGCGCCCUCGAAAAGUACCAUGGGUCUCCUUGGACGGCCGGCAACCAGCUCACAGAGCUCCUGAUGCAAGCCUCCCUCGUAGGCGCCAAUGUUUCCUGGGACUGGGCCAUUAUCAACUCCACUCUCCAUCUGUACAAUGCGAUGCGUCAAGUCGGGAUCCUGCGCGUGAAGAAGAUCCCCCUGCUGGACGAACUAGCCAAGGUCUUAAUCCAAGACACCUUUCGCGGCGCCCUUCCCGAUAGAAACUUCGCCUCCACUUUCAGCCGCAUCGUCUUCAACAGUGGGAUCGACAAGACGCGAGGGCGUGUGCAGUACGGCUUCGGAUCGAAGCCCCUUCGAGGGCAGCACAUCACGUGGUUCCUCCACCAACACCGCGAGGCCCAUUUCGAGGGCCUCGAUUGGCUCGGGGAGGUGUACGGGGUUGCGACGUGCACGAAGCAGAGGUGCUCCAGGUGUAGGAAGGAUCCCAAGAAGGACAGAGGAAUUCGCGAGGCGCAUCUCGCGGGAACGUUGCCGGUAUACAUGGAGAAGGCCAAGAGCAAGGUGCUCCCAGAACUGGAGGGAAAUGCUCCGAUUGCCCGUCUUAACUUCUUUGGGUUAUUUAUGUUCUGCGCCCGGUUCAUGAGAAGAUUCGGGGAGCUCAGUGAGGCCGAGCUCGGUAAACCCUUCAAGGCGGCGGACUCGCCGAGGGAGCUGUGGGCGCACCCGUUGCAUCUGGCUCGGUUCGCCACCGAGCUCGUUCUCGAUUCCAUCGACGAGGGCUUCGGCAGCAGAGAAAGCAGACGUCUGUUGAAGAAGAAGAAGCUGGUUGAGAACGCUGGCCAGGCGUUCAAAGAGCUAGACGCGGAGGCGUCACUGAGCCAGUUCACCUGGGCGAUCUGA